AUGAGGGAUGUGCCUGUGCAACACUGGAAUAUGGGUAUUGGUCCAAUAACUUGUCAUGCAUGGAAUAAGGAUCGGACUCAAGUUGCUGUAUCUGCGUCGAGCAACGAGAUCCACAUUUUUGCAUGGAAGAAUGGCGACUGGGUGAAUACCGCCACUCUUGCAGAACAUGAUCUGCCAGUAACUGGCCUUGAUUGGGCUCCAAACACGAAUCGUAUUGUGUCAUGCUCAAGAGAUAAGAAUGCGUUUGUGUGGACGUACGAGGCAGACAAAGGAACCUGGAAACCUGAGCUAGUUCUA